AUGUCUCCAAGCUCCAGCCCUCGCCCAGAGGAAGAUAUGACCGCUGCCCAGCGUGUGUUUGGAAUCGCCGAGCUCCUCGAUCAUAUAGCCAGCUUCAUGCUGGUUGAUCAGUCCAACACUGAUGAGUCCAACACUACAAACCUUCGGCAUCAGGACCUCGCCUCAUUCGCUCGGGUCAACAAAUUUUGUUUUGCAAAGCUGGUUUCAAAGUUGUGGUUCCGUGUGCCGGGGUGGCUCGAGCGAGUCUUUGAGGCUAUAGAGCCCAAGAGACGUGAGUUCUACGCAAACAAUGUGGCUGAGGGUUCGGUGCGUCUUUGGGCUGACUCCCAGAAGACAAGGGAGUUAUUUGCGACCUCUGGCGCCCUGGAAGUGCUUUCUUUCCCUAAACUGACACGUCUGCACAUUUUCAUGUGCAGAUGUGUCGAUGGAGAAGUCUCUCUUCCCGCCGUCGACUGCCCGAACGUCCGAGUCAUGAUCAUUUAUCCGCCUUUUAAACAUGCCGCUGGAGUCUUCUCAAAGCCAUACCCAGAUGCCGAAGUAUGGGAAUCGAUCUUCUGGGAUAUCUCGACUAAGUAUCCUUCUUUGAAAGAGCUUAAAGCUAUCUGCCCUCCCUACGUUUUCCCGAACGCGAUCCGGCGGCUGCAAAAGCGCCAUCCCAAUCUUCGCGGCAGUCUCGAUCAAUUCGAGCACCGGGAAAUUGAGUGCAAGUAUGACAAGCAUGGGUAG